UUCAAGGCGUUGGUGUGAAUGGAGAAGCGAAGGAUUUGAGUUGCGAAUUCCAAGUGCUGUCACAGACUACGGGAUGGCUUACGUUUGAUCACAUGGAACGGAAUUCACGUACAUUUUACGCAUUUCCAGCCAGUUGUUCACAUGGCAUAAGCUUGGUAACUACUACGGUCGGCGAAUCUACGUUGGAAUUACAGUGAGCUCCUCAAAAGUCAUUUCAUGCCGAUGUAGGCUACUAUGUGACCAACUACGAAAUCAAGAAAAUAUGGAGGGAGUACUUUAUAAGUGGACGAACUACAUCAGUGGAUGGCAGCCGCGCUGGUUUGUGCUGGAGGGGGGCACGCUCUCCUACUACGACUCCCAGGAGGAGGCCUGGAAGGGCUGCAAGGGCAGCAUCAAGAUCUCCGUCUGUGAGAUCCAAGUGCACCCGUCGGACUUCACGCGUGUGGACCUGACCAUCCCAGGGGAGCAGUACUUCUACCUGCGUGCCAUCAACGCGGCCGAGAGACAGCAGUGGCUCAGAGCCCUGGGCACGGCCAAGGCCUGCCUUACUGACCACCGCACCAGGAGAGAGAAGGAGCUUCAGGAGAACACAGAGGCGCUGAAGACCAAGAUGUCGGAGCUGCGCCUGUACUGUGACCUCCUGCUCCAGCAGGUCAACAAGAUCAAAGACAGAGAAGAUGUGGAACUGCCCCUACCCACAGAGGUGGGGGGGGACAUGGGUGGUCUGGUCAAGUCCACCUGCAGCACGUUUCUGCGGACGCUGGAGGAGUGCAUGCAGAUCGCCAGCCGAACUUUCACCCCUGACCUCUUGACCCUCAGCCCCCCAGGGUCACCUCCCGUCGCCGCCGUCAAGCCACAGAAGGUGAAGCCCAUCAAUCAGACCAGUCCACACCUUGCUCACAGGAAGCGUGAGGCGAGCAGUUCUUCUCAGUCGGAGCUGCCUGAGGCCGUGUUACCUGAAGCUGACCCGUCACCUGACCUCCCACACACACACAUCACCGCACCAGAGGACGCACACACACACGCCUCAGAGGAACUGAAGUCCCCAGACGUCCCCCCGGCCGCCCCUCAGAGUUCCGACGCUGUGGUGGAGGAGGAGGAGGAGCAUGACUCUGGCCACACCCACACGCAUGAAGAGGGAGGGGCCAACAAGGGCUCCACUGAGCAACCUCCAAUGGAGGAGAAGGAGGCGGGACAGGAAGCGGGCAACAACCAAUCAGGGGAGGAGGAAGAGGAGGAGGAGGAAGGGGUGGAGACGUUCUUCAGCACCAUGAGCCACAGAUUUAGUGAUAUUCCCCUGGAGGAGGACUGUGGGAUCCCCACUCAGGCUUUCCUGGACUCUUGCUAUGCUAUAGUGCCUGUGUUAGAUAAGCUGGGGCCCACUGUGUUUGCGCCGGUUAAGAUGGACUUUGUGGGGAACAUUAAGAAGAUCCAGCAGAAGCUGCAUGGGGACCCGGGUGGUUGCGGGACGCUGCAGGCGAUGGUGUUGCAGGAGGUGGGGGCGGAGCUAAGCGCGGUGCGUAACUCGGCAACAGAGGCGCUGCUGUGGCUCCGACGCGGCCUGCGCUUCCUGUGGGACUUCCUGUCCGAGGUGCACGCCGGCCAGCGCGACAUCCACGGGGCGCUCAAUAACGCGUACGGACGAACUCUGAGGCAAUACCACGGCUGGGUCAUCAGAGGAGUGUUUGCAUUGGCGCUGCGUGCGGCGCCCUCCUAUGGCGCGUUUGCGUCGGCGCUGGUGCUGCGUGAGGGUGACGAGCUGAAGGAGGAGUUCAGCGUGUGUGUGAGCCGAGACCUCGCCAUCUACCUGCCCGCCAUGCAGCGCCAGCUCGACAUCCUCGACGCCCUCUACCUGCAGCACAGCCUCGAGUCGGACGAGGUGGUCUGACCCCCCCCGCGUGUGUGUGUGUGUGUGUGUGUGUGUGUGUCGACGCCCUCUACCUGCAGCACAGCCUCGAGUCCAACGAGGUGGUCUGCGUGCGCGUGUGUGUGUGUGCGUGCCUGUGUGUGCGUCAUGUGCUGUAUGCUAUAUAGCAACAGUUGGACAUUAUCGGUGUCCCCAACGACCAACAGAGACCAACACACAGAAACACAGACCAACACAGAAACACACCAACACAGACACACACAAACACAGACACACACCAACACAGACACACACAAACAGAGCAACACACACAAACACUGACCAACACAGACACACACCAACACAGACACACACAAACAGAGCAACACACACCAACACAGACACACACCAACACAGACACACACCAACAGAGCAACACACACCAACAGAGCCUCGAGUCCGACGAGGUUGUGUGAGCGACCCACACGGGACCAUCUUGUGUGUGCGCGUGCGUGCGUGCGUGCGUGCGUGCGUGCGUGUGAUGGCAGGCUGCUGGCAGUUUGCCCACCGCUGCACCAGACGCCAGCAAUCUCAUCUCGCCGUGCAGAUUCACUGGCACAUGAAGGAACACAAGUGUGUGUGUGUAUUUGUGUGUGUGUGUGUGUGUGUGUGUGUGUGUGUGUGUGUGUGUGUGUGUGUGUGUGUGUGUGUGUGUGUGUGUGUGUGUGUGUGUGUGUGUGUGUGUGUGUGUGUGUGUGUGUGUGUGUGUGUGCGCACGCUCCAAACCAGCCUGCAGGCUACGCCUUGCCUACUACUACUAGGGCUGCUCAAAAGUGUUACUGUUCACCACAUUCUGUCUUAAUCUCUACACACACACACACACACACACACACACACACACAGCACAUUCUCCUGUAUCCUGAGUUUACUGCAGUCCCCCCCCCCC